AUGCUUGGUGGCUUCCAUUUCGUCAUCAUUGCAAAGAACAAGGUGGUGUUGGACUAUCCCCUUGGGAAGUCGGAGUCAGACGACAAGAAGAAGAAGCUUGGAGACUCAGACGAUGAGCCCAAGGCACCAGAAGGCGGCGCCGUGGAGCCAUCUGAGCCUCAGCCGCCCAACCCGGGCGACGAAAAGCCCAGCCAGUCGAGCAAGAGCGCUUACAAGAAGACGGCUGGUGGCCUCAGCAUCAGUCAGAUAGGCUUCCGCUACGAAGGGGACACGCUGGCCAUCCUGAUGGACGCAACCAUCGCCUUUGGACCCGUGGCCCUGGACCUCAUGGCUUUCACGCUCGGUCUGCGCUUCAAGGCGGCCGACGGGUCUGUCAAGAACCUCAAGAGCCUGAGCUGGCAAGACGUCGACGUCUCCAUCAGCGGCGUAGGCGUCAAGUUUGACAAGGCGCCGUUGACGAUAGCGGGAGCGUUCCUCCACGAAAAGUCAGGCGACAACGACUUGUACGCGGGGGGUCUACAGGUUGGCUUCACGCCCUGGCUCUUCCAGGCAGCCGGGUUCUACGGCGUCAUCGGAAAGGAAGGCGAUCUGAAUCGCUUCAAGUGCCUCUUUGCCUAUGCCAUGCUCCGCGGGCCCAUCAUGAACAUUGCCGGCUUUGCCGAGAUCUCUGGCCUCACGGGUGCCUUUGGCUACAACGUCGACCUGACGCUGCCGACCUUGAGCAAUAUAUCGACCUUUCCGCUUCUCAGCCCGUCCGACGAGGGGCUCGAGCCCAAGGAUCUGGUGAGGACCUUGAUCCCCGGGGAUGGCCAACGCGGGCCCUUCUUCAACCCCCUCGACGGCGCCAUGUUCGUCGCGGCCGGCCUCACCGUGACGGCCUUCCAGAUGCUUGAGAUGAGGGCCGUCAUAGCCCUACAGUGGAGUCCUCGAGUCCAGCUGGCCCUGCUCGGCCUCGCCAAGUGCGACGUGCCGUCCAUCAAGUCGGAAGUCAAGUUCGCCCACAUCGAGCUCGGCAUCCUGGCCACCGUCGACUUGGACGCGAGCAUCAUGAAGGUCGAGGCCCAGCUCUCGCCCAACUCGUGGAUCAUCCACAAGAACUGCCACCUCACCGGCGGCUUCGCCCUGUACUACUGGUUCGGGGCUGGCCAGACCGACUGGGUCAUGACCAUCGGCGGCUACCACGCUGCCUUUGCCGUGCCGGCGCACUAUCCUCGUCCGGACCGCCUCCGAAUCAGCUGGGCCCUUAACAGCUCCCUCAGCGUCUCGGGCGAGGCCUACUUCGCCAUCACGCCCAAGGUAUGCAUGGGUGGGCUUCGCAUCAGGGCCGCCCUCUCUGUCGGCGCCCUGUACGCUUGGUUCGACGCGGCCGCCGACUUCCUCAUGAACUACGCGCCCUUCCACUUCACCGCCGAGGUCAAGGUCUCGGUCGGCGUGCGCUACUCGAUGAACGUCUGGUUCGUCACCGUCCACAUCGCCAUCGAGGUCGCCGCCCGCCUUGCCCUCAUGGGUCCGCCCCUGCAAGGCAUCGUCCACGUCGACUUCUGGGUCUUUGGCUUUGACAUCGCCUUUGGAGAUAAAGACGGAGCUGCUCUGCCAGAGCCCGCCUCGUCCGUUGAGUUCUGGGACUUGGUCACCCAGGCCGAGGGCAAAUCUGCCGCCGGGACAAAGGAUGCUCACUUGUUCUCGUGCACAAAGGGUCUCGUGAUAGAGAACAAGAAAGACAUCAAAGCCUCUGACCCCUGGCUUGUCCGAAGUGGUGUGUUCAGCUUUACCAUUGAGUGUCAGUACGCGAUAAAGUCGGUCACCGUCAACGACGGAACGGCCAAACUCCCCGAGGGUAUCGCCAUCGACGAGAUCCACGCCAAACCGAUGCGUCUCAGCAACGCCAUAGAUUCGACCCUCUCUGUGCUCAUCAGUGGCGCUGGAAACUUCAAAAGUGUAGGGUGGAAGGCCAAGGCCGCGUGGAAAGAUGUGCCCAAGGCUCUUUGGGGACCAUACAAGGAAUCUGAAGACCCCAAUGCUGCCCGCCCCGGGAGUGACUUCUCCAAACUACUCAAUAGCGGAGAUAGCAUGGCGCGGCUGUUGAUGGGCGUCGUCAUUGAGGCGCCCGUUGCAAAAGUCUCCCUGGACGAGAUGCCUGCGUACCGCGUCGACCAGGCCAUGAAACAGAACAUCUACAAGCCUGACGAAGAGCCGCAGUUUCGUCCAAACGAGGACGAGAGCCCAGACUUUGCGCCUCUGCCGCGUGACUCAAAAGUAAGCGCCUGGGAGGCUCUCGAGGCAGCCUGGAAGAAUUCGCCUGCUCCGCAGUCCGCCGUGGAUAUAUGGCAGAAGGCUUUCAAUAUGACGGGACUUGUUGGAACUAAACCAAAUGACCUUAUUACUAACAACAAGGUAUUAUUCUUGUCUGCUCCAUUGCUUGGGAAAGUUUAAGAGAGUGUAAACUAGUAAUAGGUUUUAACAUAUUUCAGAACGUAAACUACUUAAUGAGAG